GAACUAUCCAAACAAGGCAUAGAGUACUGUUCUCUUUCACGCCCUUCUUUCUUUUUUCCCCGCGAUUUGCUACGUUUUCUCACCGUCGUCAUCAGAUGCCGCUGCAAAUUGCUUUGUGACCUAAGAUCAAAGAAAGAAAAAAGAAUUUGUAAAAUGUCUUAAUAUAGUAACCUGCGGAACCGAAAUACCUCGAAAAAGGCGAUCUCCGUUUCAUAUAUAUUUAUUAUUUUUUUAUUUUCUAUUCCCAGUUCUUAACCCUCCUGAAUUAUACCCAUCUGUCUGAAUUUUUCCUCUUUUCUUGAGGCGUUUUGUAAUCCCUGUUUGGCUGGUGAGGCGGGGGUGAGGAUCAAUUCACACUAUUGUGGAUCAAAAGGCAGUGAGACGAAUUCCGCUCGGAUUACACACCUCUAGUUGGGCUUGAACUGACCGAUAAUUUAUAUGAUGAAUAUGUUUGGACCUGGAUAUUGGGACGGGAUCGCCAAUGGAGCAAGCUGCCAUGACAAGUUUCACGACUUGCUCAGUUUUCUGGAUUUUCCAAUGGAGAGUUUGGAGGGAGAAGACUCUGUUGAAGGUUGGGAUUCUAUCCCUUCUGAUGAUUCGUUACUACUAGACUUGCAUCCUUUUCCCCACCCAUAUGCUUGCAAUGGUUCAUUGGAUGCAGUGGUCAAGUUAGAGGCUUCUGUGGACAGAAUCUCCCAGCAAAAUCAGGUGCUUAAUUAUGGCGAAAACCCUUCUGGUGCUGCAGCAGCCCUUCUCACAAAGACAUCAGAUAAAGAUAUCUUGUCCAUAAAACCUGACUUUAUCGUCCCUGUACGUAGGCGGUCAAAGCGCACCCGUUCCCUAAAUGUCAAUCCAUGGCUUUUGAUGUCUCCCAUGCUUUCUACUAAUACAACUCCAUCCAAAAGCACUCCCGUAUUUACCUGGGUCCAAACGAACCCUUCAACUCCUGAAAAGAAGAGACGAAGAGAGCCGGUGCAGAAAUCAGUUCCCAGCCCGCAGGAGAAUGGUUGGGUUAAACGAUGCAUGCAUUGUGAAAUUACAAAGACGCCCCAGUGGAGGGAGGGACCGUUGGGUCCAAAAACACUAUGCAAUGCUUGUGGGGUCCGUUACCGUUCCGGACGGUUGUUUCCCGAGUACCGACCGGCCGCUAGUCCGACGUUUGUUCCGUCUGUGCACUCAAACCUUCACAGGGAAGUCAUUAGAAAGAGAGCAAAAACAGUCCACAGAGAAAACCAAGUUCAGCAUGGCAUUGGUGAAUGACACCUCCAAUAAUGUCUUUGCCAGAAAUUGUCAUGAGGUAUGUUUGUUUCGUCUCAUAUAGUUUUAGACCUGAAAAAAAAAACAAUAAAGUAAAUUAUGUAAUGGUAUCAUUCUCAGGGUUUGUUUUUAUUGUAAUUGUUGCAUUUUUUAUUGAUGUAACCCUAGAUUUGUUAGAAGGAUAAUUCUUUUUUUUAGUGUAACUGAAACCCAAUUUUUUAAUACCGGACUGUGUUAAGUAUAUUCAGUCAUAUUCCUAGGAAUUGAACUUCCGAAACUUUUAAAAUGAUAAAUUUUGAUGUAUUUG